CCACGGGGGGGGCGGGGCGGUUUGGAAGUGAGGCGGGAGCUCCGACAUGUCGCGGCUGAAGAGGCCGGUUUCGGCCUCGGGCCGGGACCUCCGGGCGGGCUUCCGUCUCGAGAGGGGCGACAGCGGCGCCGUUGUCCCGCAGGGGCUGCUGAAGGCGGCCCGGAAGAGCGGCCAGCUCAACCUGUCGGGCCGGGAGCUGAACGAAGUCCCUCAGGCAGUCUGGCGAAUAAAUGUGGAUCUCCCGGAGGAAGCGAGCCAGAAUUAUUCCUUUAAUUCUUCUGAACGAUGGUGGGAGCAGACAGAUUUGACUAAACUAAUCAUAUCCAACAAUAAACUUCAGUCACUUUCAGAUGACCUCAGGCUUCUUCCUGCACUGACUAUACUUGAUGUGCACGAUAAUCUGCUGACGUCCCUUCCUUGUGCCAUAGGUGAGCUGGAAAAUCUUCAGAAGCUUAAUGUCAGUCACAACAAACUGAAAAUACUGCCUGAAGAACUUACAAAACUAAGAAACCUGAAGGGCCUGUUUCUGCAGUACAAUGAACUGACCAGUGUCCCCGACAGAUUCGGCCAGUUGCACAGAUUGGAGGAGUUAGAUCUCUCCAACAACCGCCUCACAGCUGUGCCCGCGAGCUUUUCUUCUCUCUCUAACCUGAUGCGACUCAACCUUGCCGGCAAUCAAAUGAAGGACUUGCCAGCAGAAAUCACUAGGAUGAAAAGAUUAAAGCAUUUGGAUUGCACCUCAAACUGCUUGGAAACUAUACCUUCUGAAUUAGCUAGCAUGGAGUCACUAGAACUGCUCUAUUUACGGAGGAAUAAACUGCAUUUUCUCCCGGAAUUUCCUUCUUGUAUAUUAUUGAAGGAAUUACAUGUUGGUGAGAACCAGAUUGAAAUGUUAGGGGCAGAGCAUCUUAAACAUCUUAAAUCUAUCCAUGUGCUAGACCUAAGAGAUAACAAGUUAAAAUCUAUUCCUGAUGAAAUCACCAUGCUCCAGGCCUUGGAAAGACUUGAUCUAACUAACAAUGAUAUCAGUAGUCUUCCCCAUGCCUUAGGAAACCUUCCUCGUUUGCAGUUUUUGGCAUUAGAAGGAAACCCUUUGAGAACUAUUCGACGAGAACUUUUAAAUAAAGGGACCCAAGAAGUCCUCAAGUAUCUAAGAAGCAAAAUUAAAGGUGAUACAGGAAACCAAAAUGACACGCCCAUUGAGACAGCGAUGACCCUGCCAAGUCAGGCCAAAGUCAACACGCACGCCAUCACAACAUUGAAGCUGUUAGACUACAGUGAGAAACAGACAACUCUGAUUCCUGAUGAAGUAUUUGAUGCGGUAGGAAGCAACAUUAUCACUUCGAUAAACUUCAGUAAGAAUCAUCUAAAUGAGGUACCAAAAAGGAUUGUGGAACUGAAGGCAGCUGUGUGUGAUGUCAAUCUCAGCUUUAACAAGCUUUCCUGUAUUUCUGCAGAAUUGUGCAUGCUUCAAAAACUGACCCAUCUGGACAUCAGAAAUAAUCUGUUGGCCUCUUUGCCUGAGGAGAUGGAAGCCUUGAUGAAACUGCAGACUAUCAAUCUGUCCUGUAACAGGUUUAAAACGUUCCCCAGCAUUCUGUAUCGGCUCCGGACUCUCGAAACCGUCCUCCUCAGUAACAAUCAGGUUGGAUCUGUGGACCCCCUGCAGCUGAAGCGGAUGGACAAGCUGGCCACUUUGGACCUUCAGAACAAUGACCUCCUCCACAUCCCGCCUGAGCUGGGCCACUGCGUGAGUCUGAGGACCCUUCUGCUGGAGGGGAAUCCAUUCCGAAUUCCUCGAGCAGCCAUUUUAGCUAAAGGAACAGAUGCUGUUCUGGAGUAUUUAAGAGACCGCAUUCCUACUUAAUUGGAAUUUUGUAACCUUUGGCCAGCUAAUGGAUUUGCGUGCUUCAAAGAGCUGGGGAGCGUUCAAAGUCUUGUCUGAGAGCUGAUUUGCUGUCCUUCACCUGAUGGUUUCUUGAAACAGUGUAUCAGUUAUUGCUGUGAUUUAUCUGGGGCAUGAAACAAAUGUUCUUACAGUCUUAUUACCACUAAAUAUUGUUUUUACCCGGAAAAUAAUGUAUAACAACUUUAUAGUGAUUACUGCAGCCUUCGUGUGUGUUCAUACAUUCAUUCUUAAAAGUUUUGAGAGUUAAAAAAAGGUAAUAGUGUUUUCUAUGACUGAAAUAUCAUUCCUAUUUAAAGUUGAUUUUGUUUUUAUAAUGACAGCAUUUUUGUAAAAGAUGAGGGGUGGGUUUUUUUUUUAACAUUUUGUUUUAUUAUGUGUGUGUGUAUGUUUGGACCUUUAUAUGGGAGUACUUUGUUAUCUUUCCUUGUGUUUUGUGGAAAAAUUUAUAACAACACUUGUUGAUAAUGCUAAGAAUUUGUGAUGUAAGGUUUCAAGGACAUGCACUGCCCUGGUUCUGAUGACAGUGCUGGGCAGGUCAGUUGACUUCUCAGUGCCCCAGGCAGCCCUCUGAAGACUGGAGGUUCUGUGAGUAACCCAUCAAUGCUGACGUGGUGGAUGGAGAUCCCCGCAACAACCUGCCUUCAAGAGAAGAUACACUUUGUGUGAUUUUUUAAGAUAAUUCUGUUUGCAGCAUUUAUUUUUAGAUGCUGAGAAUCCAUGUUUCCCUGUUGCGUGUAACUCUUUUUGAUCAAAGCAUUUACUGAAGAACAAACAUGUGUCAUAUCCCAUAAGGAAAGAGCUAUUAGUGAACCCAACUUAGCUUUUUAGUUAUUUCUUUAUGCCCUCUUACUCCUGAAGUUGCUGUAUCAUGCCCGCCGCAAAUUAAAGCGUUUGGAUUGCAUCUCAACAGCUCACUGUUUUCUGUAAUCUGUUGGGCGCCAUCCUUUGUACCAGCCUUCAGAUUAGAUCACUUCUGGAUGUUCUGGGACUUAGACAAAAGCUCUGAGGUACCAGAAGGUUUUUGAGUGUCUCCCGUUGUGGACAUGCACCCUCAGAAACUGCCUGGAGAGUGCUUGGCGACUGUCCGAAGUGCAGCUUUGCAUGUCUUAAUGACGUCAUUAUAACCUUGAACUUGUUGAUAGAUUUGAGAUCCCAAUUGGGCUAAUACAGAAUAUCUUCUUUUGAAGAACUUGAUGUAAGGAAGCUGAAUUUAAAAAGAAGAUUCGUGGUCUGUUUAGCUCUUGACAUAUUCAAAAUAGGAUCUCAUUUGGGUAGAUUUCAGAACCUUUUUUUUUUUUGAGAAGAAAAUGAAGAUGAAGAUAUUUGUUAUUUAUGGAUAAUGCAUUUUUUAAAUCCAAGUUACAAUUUUUAUCUUACUAAGGGGAAACGUGACUGUUCAUACCACCUUUGUGGUCAGCUCACAAGUCUGUUGUUACAUUAAACAAAAGACACUUUACAAUAAGGUGAAAUUUUAUUAUUUGUACAAUAAAGAGACUUUGUUAUUCAAAACACUUUUUUUAAAUACUGAAAAAGUUGAGUACAGCAAAGGCAAAAAAAGGCUCUGCCGCACACUGCACAGCAUUGUCUGAGUCCCUGUAUUUUGUAUAUGUACAGAAAGCGUCUUCGAAGUGCAUUGGAGUCACAAUGUACACCCUCAGCAAUUAGUGUCAGUACAGAAAGUCAGACUGGAAGGAUACAGCUUGCGUGUGCAAAUUAACUAACAGCAUCAGUGAAUCACCAAAUCUGUCAAUUUAAAACUGAGUUUUAAAGGACCUUUUUGCACAUAAAAUGAAACAGUUCUCAAGUUCAGUAUGUUAUAACUGCAAAAAAAAAAAACCCAUUAAGUACAUUCACAAUCUAUGUUAAUAAAGUAGUAAAUAGUUCUUCAUCCAGCUUUAUUUACAACAAGGUGGAGUUAAACUGAAAAGUACAGUUAGUUGUUUUAAUAUAGCAAUCUGUUAACACAUACAAAAAUGACAAGUAUUUAUAUAUCAUUGAAGCUCAAAAUCACAAUUUUCUCAAAAUAUUAGUUACAAUACAGCCAUUUCCAUCAUAAUUAAACAUGUCCUCAAAUAACUUUUUUAUAAAAUGGUAAAAUUUUUAUUAAAGUAAGUUAUUUGUUUUGAAUUGGCUACAGUACUUACUCCCAAGUAGAAAACUGUUGCAUUUUGUUUUUCUCGCAGAAUUGUUAGACAAAGCCACCCAUGUAAAGCCAAGAGACCGAAAAGGCCCCGAUUUGAAAAGAUCCGGCCUCUUGGGCUUUGGGGGAACUGGUCAGUAAAAGCUUUACAAGGGGAGUGUCCGGCUGGAGUCUCUGCAGUGAAAUGACACGCACUAAUAUACAGGAUGUCAGAAUAAGUCAGUGGAGACUACCCUGCGCAUAGAAAUGUUCACGGAGAUGACAAAAAGAAGCCUUAAAUGAGGAAGCAAUCAUAAAAUCUGGCCUUGACCCCCCUUGAUUCCUCUGCUCCCACGUUGCCCUGACACCCUAACAGCGGCAACGGGGCUCCCCCGGUCAGUGCUCGAGCUGCUGCAGCGCCACACGCCAGGCACCAGAAGGCUGGCUACAAACCACUGUCUGAAGCUAGCCUAGCAUCACUCCUGAAGGCAGCAAAAUAUUUCACCCAAUCAAUCAUGCUCUUCACCCCCAAUUUACAAAACUCGAUCGCUGCCCAUGGGAAAGCAGAGGUGAAACGGGAAGUGUUGGCCAUGGGAUUAGGGGGAGGGCAACCACAGUCAUGGGGCAUAAAGUAGGAGAAGAGAGAUGAUCUCCAUGAGCCGUUUUCCAACACUGAGUUUGGAAACACCCACUACUGAGGAAGGGGAAACGGCAUCCUCCUUGCCUGUAAUCAUUGGCCGAAAGUUGCUUCUAGUUUUGUGAUUCUGGUCUGGCUAGUAGGGGCUCCCAGGGCCCAACACUGGUGUAUUAAUCCAGGGGGUUUACCCUUGGGAGAUGAGAGAGGGCAGAAAAGAAAUAACUUAGAAGCUUCACUCUUGCAGGUUAUUUGUUAGAAUCCAAACAAAGAAUCUCAAAAGAUUCACAAUACAGUGUUCUACUAAAAAAAAA